GGCGCGGCGCAGCGCCGGCCGCGUGGGGACGCGGGAGUGCGGGCUUCUGGGCGAGCCGCGCGGCGCGGGAGCACGCUGGCCGCCUGAGCUCGGCGCGGAGCCCGGGGCCCGGAGCCGCCGCCACCCGCCCCUGGGCGCGCCCCGCCAUGGAGCCCUCGCACAAAGACGCCGAGACGGCGGCGGCGGCGGCGGACCCCCGCGCGGCGUCCGCGUCCAGCGGGGUGGUGGUGCAGGUCCGCGAGAAGAAGGGCCCCCUGCGCGCCGCCAUCCCCUACAUGCCCUUCCCCGUGGCCGUCAUCUGCCUCUUCCUCAACACCUUCGUGCCGGGACUGGGGACGUUCGUCUCGGCCUUCGCCGUCCUCUGCGGAGCCCGCACCGACCUCCCGGACAGGCACGUGUGCUGCGUCUUCUGGCUCAACAUCGCGGCGGCCCUCAUCCAGACCCUCACGGCCAUCGUCAUGGUGGGCUGGAUCAUGAGCAUCUUCUGGGGCAUGGACAUGGUCAUCCUCGCCAGCUACAAGGAGCAGGGCAUCCCACAGCAGCUGUGAGCCCGAAGGAGCCGCCAAGAACUCCGGGGUGGUCUGUGAGGGCCGCACCGGGCAGCGGCGGGCACAAGGACCCUUACGUCUUCUCUUCUGCCGUGUCCUGGGUUUGGAGCGCCAAGGGGGGGCGAUUUAGAAAGAUAUUUAUUUCGAAAACACAUCUGCUUUUUUUGGCAGGCUGUGAGGCUGCCCACCCCUCCCCCUGCUCCAGAAAGACGCGGGAGCCCCGAGCAUCUCAGGCGGGGUAGGGAGUGGGGUCAGGGUUGCUCACAGCGAAGCUGGCAUCCUGGGCUCACCCCUGCCUCGCACGGCUCCCUGGGUCCCCCUAAGCGUCUCCUGACCCUGCCUCUCCCUUCUGCAGCCCACGCUUCGCCCACUCCCUUCCUCACGCCUGAAAUCUCUGGGCCCGGUUGUGUUUCGAUCUUUGCUUCCCUGGAAGGAGGCCAGUGACCCCCACCCCCCCAGACCAGAAUCCCCAACGAAGGCCAGAAGCUUUCUCGUUACACUUAACUCCGCUUCUGGCCCGCGGCCCUCCGGAAAUCCUCGGGGCUGGACGGGUCUCGGAAUUCCAAAAACCCGGAUCCGAGAAAGAACGAGAGACGUUUACUGCCCGUUUCCUGCUGCCCAGUCGGGACCAGCUCCCCGCCGUCAAGCACAGGACCGUUUCUGCGGAGAGACGUGUGAACAGUCGGGCCGAUUGGGAUCAAUAAAAACGCCAAAUAGCGUCA